AUGGUCGAACAACGCCUGAAGUCUUCAGACGGUGGCAACAGUUUGGUGGACGAGACCGCCGCAGAGGUAGACGGGUCUCGAGAGGAGCGCGUCACAGCGAAAGCAUGGCUGUGUGUCUUUCUCCUCUCACUGAGUUUCGGCGUCCCAUUUUGGGCCACCCCAACAACCUCGGCCGUCGCAUUCCAGCUGCUGGAGACAUUCGGCGACAGCUCCCUUUCGGCCUGGGUCGUCCCCUGCAUCACGACAGCCGCGACGGUGACGAUCCUCCUGUUCGGGUGCAACUCGGACCUGUUCGGCCGCCGGCCCUUCCUCCUCUUCUCCAACCUCAUCAACGCCGUCGGGUACGCCGUGAUCGCGACGUCCAAUAACUCAAACCAACUCAUUGCCGGGCUGUGCCUCAACGGUGCUGGCUCAGGGAUAGCAGGGGUCGCGCUGAUCGCGUGCCCUGAGUUGCUGCCGAAUCGGUACAGGCACAUCGGGGUCGCCCUGGCGGACGGGUUUGUCUACUUGAUGAUUAUCAUUGGCCCUGUGGUAGGUCGUGCUGCCAUCAUUCACGACGAUGAUCGCUGGAAGUACAUCUAUUGGGCAGGGUUUAUCAUUUCGUGCAUUGCUUUCUUCGGACUUCUUUUCUUCUACUUCCCUCCCAAGCACCCGAGAGGUGUUCCAUGGAGAGAUGCCCUAAGAGGGUUAGAUUGGAUCGGGGCCCUCUUAUUCACCCCUGGCGCUGUGAUGGUGCUUGUUGGAAUUGUCUACACCACCUACAUCCCAGCUAGCGAUAAGAGGGUUAUCAUAUGCCUUACACUUGGUUUCGUGUUAAUCACCGCUUUUGGGUUGUGGGAGCGGUUCUCCGGCGUCAAGUAUCCUCUUUGCCCGACCGAGAUCUUCCGAAGCCACAAAGGCCAGGAAUUCACAGCUCCGUUCUGUCUGUCCUUCAUCGUAGUUGGAUUCUUCUAUGGACUUGCAGUCAUCUAUCCUACCAUGCUGAACGACUUCUACAUUGAUGCCAACACCCCAGCAUCUGAGCAGAUGCUCCUGACCCUGCCUGCAAAUCUGGGCCUACCUUUUGGCUCGCUCCUCUUGAUCCUUUUUGGCAAUAAGAUUGGCCAUUGGCGAUGGACGCUCGUCGGGUCGGUGUUCUCACUUGUCCUAUGGGGCAGCCUGAUGGCGCUGGUUACGCCGUACAACAAGGCCAUGAUGAUUGCCUUCGUGGUCCUCGGCCAUAUCUCGUACGGGUGGGCGGCCUACCUCGCCGUGACCUUCACGCAGCUCGGUGUACCGCAAAUAUACCUAGGUAUAUCGGGCGGUCUGGCCGGCCUGGCGCGAUACGCCGGGGGGGCAGUGGCAUCGGCGUGCUACUCCAGCGCCAUCGGAAACGGCCUGAAAACUAAGGGCGCUGUACUCAUCCCCAAGGCGGCCUUGGAUGCCGGUUUGCCCCGCUCCUCGUUGGACCAGCUUAUGGCAGCGGUUCCCCAAGGCGUGGCUGCUAUUUCCAAGGUCCCCGGCGUAACACCCGCUGUGAACGAGGCUGUUGGAGUAGCAUAUAAGUAUGCUGCGGCUUUUGGUCUUCGCAACGCUGCUCUUGCGUCUUUGGCCUUUGGGUUAGUCGGUAUCGGCUUGGCUGUCGCCUGCGAGGAUAUCACUCCCAAAAUGACCAAGAAGAUCGAGGUUUUUCUUGAGAACGACGCUCUCGCGGAUAAAAAUACGUUCCAUUAA